AUAAAUUUUGGAUCUGCUCAGUCCCUCCCAAGUCCCAACUCUUUCUUUAUUGCCUCGGAGGAACGAGAAGGAGCGAUGAGAGAGACAGCGAGGCCAAGCAGUAGCACGUGUAGUAGUAGUCUCUCGUCCUCUUUCUCCUCCGCCCCCCCACCGAUAUACGACGAAGCGCUUUCUACAAGAAGCGCUUUCCCCUCCUGCUGGAGAUCGCAGCAGAGAAGCCAUGUCAGAAGCCGCCGCUCCGACUCGCUGGACCUUCGAGGAUUUCAAGGUGCUCUACAACAUGAGGUUCGGGAGGAAGAAGGAGACGGAGGAGGAGGCGGUGGGAGGGUCGAGAUCGGAGAACAGUGGGGGUUAUGCCAAUGGAUCGGUAAAUUCGAAUGGAAUCCACAAGAAACCGACGGAUUUGGCCGUUUACGAACAGUUCGAGAUGCAGGAGAGAAGAGGCGAGGUGCGCCGCGGAAUUGUCUCGGACCAAAAGGAAAUGCGCCAGAAGCCCAUGCUGCCUCCUUUUGAAUCUGCAGAGAUGCGCACUCUAGCAGAGGCUUUAUGCAGAGAUAUCAUCCGUGGAAGUCCAGAUGUAAACUGGGAAAGCAUCAAGGGCUUAGAAAAUGCAAAACGCCUUCUUAAGGAAGCAGUAGUCAUGCCUAUAAAAUAUCCAAAGUACUUCACUGGGCUUCUUUCACCAUGGAAAGGUAUUUUGCUCUUUGGUCCUCCUGGAACAGGGAAGACAAUGCUAGCAAAAGCGGUGGCUACAGAAUGCAAGACCACCUUUUUCAAUAUUUCAGCAUCUUCAAUUGUCAGUAAAUGGCGUGGUGAUUCAGAGAAGCUAGUAAAAGUCCUUUUUGACCUUGCCAGGCACCAUGCGCCAUCUACUAUAUUUUUAGAUGAGAUCGACGCAAUCAUUAGCCAACGCGGUGAAGCACAUAGUGAGCAUGAAGCUAGUCGACGUUUAAAAACUGAGCUUCUUGUACAGAUGGAUGGUCUGACAAAGACAAAUGAGCUUGUUUUUGUUUUGGCAGCAACGAAUCUGCCCUGGGAACUCGAUGCAGCUAUGCUCCGGCGUCUUGAGAAGCGCAUCCUAGUUCCUCUUCCAGAACCAGAAGCUAGGCUUGCAAUUUUUGAGGAGCUUUUGCCAUUGGUUCCUGAGGAAGUAGAGAUUCCAUAUAAUGUUCUUGUGGAAAAGACGGAAGGUUAUUCAGGCUCUGAUGUACGAUUACUAUGCAAGGAAGCAGCCAUGCAGCCGCUAAGGCGCCUAAUGGCAUUAUUGGAAGAGAACCAAGAACCGAUCCAGGAGGAUGAGUUACCAGCGGUUGGUUCAGUCACUCCGGAGGACAUUGAGGUAGCACUAAGGAACACUAGACCAUCCGCACAUCUCCAUGCCCACCGUUACGAUAAGUUCAAUGGGGACUACGGGAGCCAGAUUCUAACUUAAAGGUUCUACCUUUAAAUAACCUUACAUUUUACAUAUCAUUUUGCUGGAUUUGCUGGUCAAUUCUUGUAAGUGCCGAACUUCUUACCAUUUUCAUGUAUUUACAGUUAGUUGUGUAGGUAGUCAGAACCCAGUGACCUUGAUAAUGGCUUUUUCGAAAGUUCUGUGUUGUCUGAUGAAUUUAUAUAUCCAGCUAGUCCAAUCGUCAGGGAGUGUUUGCAAGGUUAAGUUAUUCGAGUAGCCGUUGUGAGGGAGAUUUCAUGACUUUUGCCGAAAAAUGAAGUGUUUUACCAAGCUGUUCAUUACACACAGAUGCGCGGAGGUUUGCGGUCUCCCUCUUCUUCUAGAGUUAGCUGUUCGAUCAAAUUUGAAACAAAUUGUAAUGUUUGUUUUUCAAUAAUAUCAUCUCGAGAAAAUUUAGCA